GGCUAUUUUGAGGUCUACUUGUCACAGCUGUUGUCUCUGUGCCCCUACCCUCUACUCCUCCCCUCUUCUCUUCCAUUCUGGUCUGUUUUCCCCUUCUCAUUCUGCCAUGUCCGUUAGAAUGGAGAGCCAUUUGCCGAUGUCGGAGGCUACCCCCAGCCAGAGCGUUGCCCCUGCUGUGCGACCUGAGGGUGGGGUUGCUGAGGGGCCCAACACGGACCCUUCAGAGGAUUUCAGCAGGCAACUGGAGGACAUCAUCAGCACGUACCAGACAGAGGCCAGCCCAAUGGAGCCCGAGCAGAUUGAUGAGAGGUCACCUGGUGAGCAGGGCGGGAAUACCACAGUUACCAAGGAAAUAAGCACUAUCAAGGACAAGGACCAGAAGCUGGAGAAGAAGAUGCUCAAAAGCUUGGGAAAAGAGGCCAUGCUGCUGAUGCAGAGCUUGGCCAAACUGAGCUCCCCAGAGGAAAAACUGGAAGCCAUCAUUAAGAAGCAUGCUGAACUGCUGGAGGAGCACAGGUCAGACCAGAAGCAGCUGAAGGUCCUUCAGAAGAAGCUGGUGCAAGUGAUGAAGGAAAAGGACCAACUCCAGGGGGAACACAGCCGGGCAGUGCUGGCUCGCAGCAAGCUGGAGGGCCUCUGCAGGGAAUUACAGAGGCACAACAAGAAUCUCAAGGAGGAGACUCUUCAGAGGUGCCGUGAAGAUGAUCUGAAGCGCAAGGAGAUCACCACUCACUUUCAGAGCACGCUGACUGAUAUCCAGGCCCAGAUCGAGGAGCACAGCGAACGUAACACCAAGUUGUGCAAGGAGAACAGUGAUCUGGCUGAGAAGCUGAAGGACCUUAUUGCCCAGUACGACAAAAGAGAGGCGAAUUUGGAAAAGGUCUUCAAACACCGUGACUUGCAGCAGAAACUGGCUGAGACCAAGCUCGAACAGGCUAACAUGCUUCUGAAGGACAGUGACGAAAAACACAAGAUUGAAAAAGAGCAUCUAUUGAAGCAAUUAGCUGAGUGGAAGCUACAGGCCAAACUUCUGAAGGAGCAGGAGGGCGAGAUGAAGGCACAGCUCAAUCUCUACUCUGAGAAAUUUGAUGAAUUCCAGGGUACUGUAUCCAAAAGCAAUGGUGUGUAUGCCACCUUCAAACAGGACCUAGACAAGAUGGCAAAGAAGAUGAAGAAACUGGAAAAAGAAGCAAAUUCCUGGAAGUCAAGGUUUGAGGGGUGUAACAAGACACUCCUGGAUAUGGUUGAAGAGAAAACGCUGAGAGAUAAAGAAUUUGAGGUCUUCACCAUAAAGACCCAGAAGUUGGAGAAGCUGUGUCGAGCCCUGCAAGAGGAGAGGAAGGACCUGCUGCUGAAGCUCCAGGGGGCCCAGGAAACCCAACAGUUGGAUACAGAAGUGAAAGUAGAUGCAAAUCAGGCAGAGGCGAGAGUCGAGGAAGGGGUAACCCUAGCAGAGACUCCCACCGAGACGCCCCUGACUAAAGAGCUGGCCAGUCUGAAAGCCCAGCAAGCCCGACUGCAGGAGAUUGCCACCUCAUUUGUGGUCUCACACGUGUUAAAGGAGGACCCAGAACCCAGUGAACAUGCUGAAUUCCCGCAGGCCCCCCAAAACACAACAGCCUCCAAAAAUUCCCACUCAGCAACCCCUGACAAAAACCCAGCAGAACUGAGCACCAGCCUGCCAACUCCCUCUGAGGAAAACACAGAAAAUCUGAGAAUCAGUGACAUGGAAUCAGUCGACUAAAGCAAAUGUGCCUGUAGGAAUAAGUAUGCUAUUCAAAUACCAGUUUUGCCCUUCACUGUGACCAACACAUUUAAGCAAAUGUAACCUUUUUUCUGAUUGAUCUCAUAUUUUUUGUUGAUUUCUAGUUUAGCAGCUAAGACUUAAACAAUAUUUCCCUGAUCAGUCAUCAGAGUUGUGGUGAAAAUACAAGGCAGAAAGAUUAAAUGGAUCCCUUAAUUAGUAAUCCACAGUUUCAAUAUUUAAUUUUGUUACCCAGUGAUAGUAUCUUUAGCGCAGUGGCCAGCUGAAGAAUGCAACAGGCAAAUGAUUUACCAGGAAUGAACAAAAACUCUGUGUUAAGUAAUCGAAAUGUGGAACAGGAUUUUAAAAAAUACAUUAUUCAUUGUCACUGUUCUAAUUUCUAAUAAAGAUUGAUGCAGCAUACUUAUUGCAA